ACAAAAAGAAGAAGUAAUGCGCGUCCACAGAGCAGAAAGUAGGCUUAGAACACUGUGGAUCGUGCUUUUAUCUUCCACGGGGACUUUUAUAUUUUUUUUCAAGUCGGCUAAAGCAAAGAUCGUGUUGCUGUGCUGAGCUUCCUUACUGCUCGCCCUCUGGUCUCCGGCAGAUCAAGUUUCUGUUUCUGAUGCUUGAUUGGAAAGAUAUACGCUCUCGUAGCUCACGCAGCUUGGUCUCUCUGCAAGGUAUAUCUACUUGGCCUCUCGGUGACAACGCCAAGUCAUCCUGUCGGUCAGCUUGGAAUAAAUCACCUGUAAACAAAGAACUUGCCCUCGUGGUGAUUGACGGGAGUAACAUGCUGGGGAGUGGAGGUCAGUGAGCCUCACUGUCUCUACUAGUCCUAGUCCAACUGCAAAGCCCCGCUUGCCUUCUCCGCGCGUGGAUCUUUAGUUUGGAUCAGAGGGGAUAGAGGGCAAAAAGGGGGAAAGCAUGGUGAAACCUCGGCACAUUGAUGACCUCAACAAAAACCACCCAACACCAGCUAAUACAGAUGAGCCAGUUGUGAUCCCGAUGGAAAAGACUUUUACUACUUUGAAGCAACCCAGAAGAUGUCGGCGCACUGACACUGGGGACAGGUUUACCUGUGAUCAGUGUGAAAAGUCUUUUACUCAGAAAAACAGCUUAAAAAAACAUCAGCUCAUCCACACUGGAGUUAAAGCAUUCAGCUGUGAUCAGUGUGGAAAGUCUUUUACUUACAUGAGGGCUUUGAAACGUCAUCAACUCAUCCACACUGGUAUUAAACGAUUUGUCUGUGAUCAUUGUGGAAAGGCUUUUACUUAUAAGUGUGCCUUAAAAAAACAUCAGCGCAUUCACACUGGUGCUAAACCAUUUGUCUGUGAUCAGUGUGGAAAGACUUUUGCUCACGUGGAUAGUUUAAAAACUCAUGGCCUCAUCCACACUGGUGCUAAACCAUUUAUCUGUGACCAGUGUGGAAAUGCUUUUGCUCGUAAGGAGAGUUUAAAAAGUCAUCGACUCAUCCACGCUGGAAUUAAAUCAUUUGUCUGCAAUCAGUGUGGAAUGGCUUUUACUCUUAAUAGCAGCUUAAAACAACAUCAGCUCACCCACACUGGCAUUAAACCAUUCAGCUGUGAUCAGUGUGGAAAGGCUUUUUCUCAUAAUUGCAGCUUUAAAAGACAUCAGCUCAUCCACACUGGAUUUAAACCAUUUAGUUGUGAUCAAUGUGGAAUGGCUUUUACUCUUAAUGGCAGCUUAAAAAAACAUCAGCUCACCCACACUGGAUUUAAAGCAUUUAGCUGUGAUCUGUGUGGAAAGUCUUUUACUCAGGAUGGCAGCUUAAAAAAACAUCAGCUCAUCCACACUGGAUUUAAAGCAUUCAGCUGUGAUCAGUGUGGAAAGUGUUUUACUCAGAAUGGCAACUUAAAAAAACAUCAGCUCACCCACACUAGAGUCAAAGCAUUCAGCUGUGAUCAGUGUGGAAAGUGUUUUGCUCAGAAUGGCACCUUAAAAAGACAUCAGCUCACCCACUCUGGAGUUAAACCAUUCAACUGUGAUCAGUGUGGGAAUUCUUUUAGUCACAGGAGUUCCUUAAAAGAACAUCAGCUCGUCCACAAUGGCACUAAACUAUUUGUCUGUGGUCAAUGUGGAAAGGCUUUUACUUACAUGAGGGGUUUAAAAACUCAUCAGCUCGUCCACACUGGUGUUAAACCGUUUGUCUGUGAUCUUUGUGGAAAGGCUUUUGCUGACAUUUGGGUUUUAAAAAAACAUAAACUCAUUCACACUGGUGCUAAACCAUUUGUCUGUGGUCAGUGUGGAAAGGCUUUCGGUCGCAUGGAUACUUUAAAACAUCAUGAACUAAUCCACACUGAAGUUAAAUAGUUUUUAUAUGGUCAGUGCUGAAAGGUUUUUACUUGUGUCAAUAUAUUUAAAAAGCAUCAGAUUAUUCAUACUGGAAUUAAAGCGUUUGUCAUCAGUACAACAGCAUCUUAGAUUUGCAUAAACUUAUCUAUGCUGGAGUUAAACACUGUCGUUGUGCAGUGUGGACAUUCUUUUGCUAGGUUUUAUCAUCUAAAAGAAAAAUCCCAAUCUCGCCAACUAUUAAACCACUGAAAUAUGAGGAGUAUGGAAAGUCUUUUAUCCAUAACACAAACUUAUUGUGGAUCAGCAAACCCAUACUGUGUGUCCUUUUGGAGACAGUGAGAAGCACAGAGGAUCUGAACAAAUCUGCUGAAUGCUAGGUCAAACUUCCAAAGCUUGAGAUCAGGCUUCACAGAAUUCAGCUUUAAUAAUUGUCAUCAGAGGCAAGAAAGAAUACAUGUGUGUAAAUGAGAGGGAGACAGGUGUAACAGUGGUCAAAGGAUGCUUGGCAAAGGAUGAUGAAGAUGGAGCUACCAGGCAGAAUGAAAAGGUCUUGCGACUUUUCCCUUUGCCAUAAAAAAAAAGUUUUAGUAGGAUGUACAUAUUGACUGUAACAGUACUUAAAUCUGUAAGUAUUCUAACAUGAAUUGCUUGCAGUGAAGGAUAGGAAGGUUAACAAUUAGAAAAAGUGCUGUAGCUUUAUUCUUGCUGUAGUAUGUAGUUUCUCCACGUGGUGGAACAUCUCCUUUUAGUAAUGAGGUGGAGUUGUAUGUGUUUGCUAACUGUCUGUCAGAGCUUCCCAAAUUUUUAAAUGUCCAUCUAUCCCACUGAAUAAUGAAAAUGAAAAACAUGCCUUUCUGAGGCUGGCAGCCAGCAUGUAAAAAGACUUACUUUGAAUUGUUCAUAUUACUUUCUUACAUGUUCUAAUUUUUAAUCAAACUGUUUAAUAAAGAGCAGCAGAGGCCUUUCAGAAACUCCUGAUUGUUGUUUCAUAAAUCUAAUGGCUCUUUACUAGAAACCUAAAUUAAAGUCAUUAUUAAGAGGCCACUGAUGCACCAAGGCUUAGAAAUCUAUGCACACAUAAUGAACCAAGUCGUUCAGUAAAGAUCGAAUUGAGGAAAAGGUUGUCAUGUUAAUAUAAUGCAAAAAAUGUUGACUUUAUCUGUUCUGUGCAAACAUCUGUGAUCUUGCAGACCAAACAUUAUUACCAUCAUGUGAUCACAAAGAGAAGCAAAACGUCUGCACAGAUUACAUUCUUGGUCAAUCUGAAAGGCCUGUUGAUGUUUAUUUGGAGAUAAUUAGUGAAGUAAAUGAUGUGCUGUUUCUGUUGUAACUUGCCCAUGUGAAAUGUCUUUUAAAUGGUCUCUGUUGUCUUAAAAAUGAUGUGAGUCAGUUUUGCUGCAUGAAGAGAAAAUGAAAUCUGUAAUUUUUAUGUUGUAUUACAAAUAUUAUUGUAUUUCAUCAAUUUGUGUCAUUUUAACUGGGAAGUAUGUGUAAAAUUAAGUGUAUCCUAUAAGUAUUUAGAUAUAUAAAAGAUAUGAUGUAUCUUUCUUA